AAGAUUUUACAUUCUUGUAAUUUCCCUAUAAUAAAUUAAUUAUGUGAGACAUAUAUAUAUAUGUGUGUGGGUGUGCAAACUCUAGUAGUAUCAGCAACCAUGGCUUUCAACUUCCUUCACAUCGUGGUGGCCAUGAUUCUCUCCUUGAUCAUAAAUUUGAGCUCUUUUGGGCUUUCCCAAACCGAAGAUUUGACAAAGGGGGCUUCAUUUAUCUUCGGAGAUUCAUUAGUAGACGCCGGCAACAAUAACUAUUUGCCGACGUUGUCGAGGGCCAACAUCGCUCCCAACGGCAUUGAUUUUAAAGCCUCCGGUGGGGCUCCCACUGGCCGCUACACCAAUGGGAGAACCAUCGGAGACAUUGUUGGAGAGGAAUUAGGGCAGCAACACUAUGCGUUGCCGUUUCUUGCCCCAAACACUACAGGAAGAGCCAUCUUGCACGGCGUCAAUUAUGCAUCGGGAGGCGGCGGAAUCAUGAAUGCCACCGGAAGAAUUUUUGUAAACAGGCUUUCAAUGGACAUUCAAGUCGAUUACUUCAACAUAACGAGGAGACAAAUUGACAAAUUGUUGGGUGCAUCAAAUGCAAGAGAAUACAUCACAAAGAGAUCAAUCUUCUCCAUCACAGUAGGCUCCAACGAUUUCUUAAACAAUUAUCUCCUACCCGUCAUCUCAAUGGGUGCAAGAAUCACACAAAGCCCAAAUGGCUUCGUCGAUGAUCUCAUCGAUCAUCUACGAGGCCAACUCACGAGACUUUAUAACCUUGAUGCAAGAAAAUUUGUGGUGGGAAAUGUGGGGCCAAUUGGAUGCAUACCUUACCAAAAGACUAUAAAUCAACUACGUGAAGGUGAAUGCGUUUCGCUACCAAACAAGCUUGCACUUCAAUACAAUGCUAGGUUGAGAGAUCUGAUGCAAGAACUCAACGAAAACCUUAAAGGAGCCACAUUCGUCCACGCCGAUGUCUACGCACUUGUCAUGGAGCUCAUCACAAAUUAUGACAAAUAUGGAUUUACAAGUUCAAGUAAAGCUUGCUGUGGAAAUGGUGGGCAGUUCGCCGGAAUUGUGCCGUGCGGGCCGACGUCGAGCAUGUGUUCCGACCGUAAUAAGCAUGUUUUCUGGGAUCCUUACCACCCAAGCGAGGCUGCUAACGUUAUCAUCGCCAAACAGUUGGUCAAUGGUGGUGAAAAAUACAUGACUCCCAUCAAUCUCAGGCAGCUUCGAGAUCUUUGAUGUUCUUCAUAUUAAUGUUGCGACUUUCGAUCUCGAUCCAAUCUUCAUGUAUAAUAUUAUGCAUUUGUGUCGAUUACAACCCAAUACAAAGCUUGUUAUAAGCUUGUGAAGGUUUACAUGAUUUGCUCAUAUAUGGAAAUAUUGCAAAAUGAGAAGCUUUCUGCUA